UUCCUCUGGCUUAGAGGUGGAGUUAGACCCAAGCCUCUUAUAUUUCUUCCCUAGCUUCAGCCUCUCCCAAAUCAGGUUUCCAGAAUUGCAUAUUAAAGCCUCCCAUCAACUUCUUGCACACACCCUCCCUUUGGCUUUCAUCUGCAUCUAUUCAGUUGCAGAUUGAGAGCCAAAGACAUUAUCUUGAUUCUAUCAGGAGGGUUGUGCUAGCGAAUUCUUGUUAGCAACAAAUUGACAUAUUGCUCGGCACAUCCCCACCGAGAAUACCAAGAUGACGUUCUCUGGUACACAGGACAAGUGCAAUGCUUGUGACAAGACCGUGCAUUUCAUUGAUCUCCUUACCGCGGACAGUAUUCCCUACCACAAGUCUUGCUUCAGAUGCAGCCACUGCAAAGGCACACUUUCGAUGUGCAGCUAUUCGUCCAUGGAUGGGGUUCUUUACUGCAAGACCCAUUUUGAGCAGCUAUUCAAGGAAACAGGCACCUUCAAGAAGAACUUCCCCUCAGGUACAAAGGCAAACAGUGAACAGGCUAAGAUUCCCAGCAAGCUGUCCUCUGUGUUCUGUGGAACCCAGGACAAGUGUACUGCCUGCAAGAAGACUGUGUAUCCAUUGGAGAAGAUGACCAUGGAGGGUGAGUGUUACCACAGGACCUGCUUCAAGUGCGCCCAUGGCGGCUGCCUUCUGACGAACGCCUCCUACGCCUCGCACAACGGGAUCCUCUACUGCCAGAACCACUUCUGGCAGCUGUUCAAGAAGUCCGGCAGCUACGACAACCUGCUGAAGCCCGCCUCCGCCGCCGCCGAGAACACCGUCGAAUCCGAGGUCGCCGUCGCGGAGCCCGCGAAGGAAGACCCGGAGACGGAGGAGGCAGCCAAGGAAGAAGAAGAAGAAGCGUCACCGGAGCAGGUCGCGGAAGCUGUUGUAGAGGACCAGGAGCACUCAUGAGAAGAACCUGCCACAGUGCCACUUGCACGCGCACACAGGAAUAUAUAUACAUGUUCCCAUAUUACUGCUAAUUUUUUUUGGUGUCGUUGAGAAACUUGUCGCUGGUUCUUCUCAUCUUCUCGUCUGGAUUCCUGCAAUCCUGGAGUCUGUACCUGUGCUAAGAUAUCAUGAAUGAGAGCAGAUUUUGCAAAGAAAGGGAGAAAUAUGCUCAUUCUGAUAUUUUGACAUGUAUCAUCCGUCUCAGAAAAAUCAACUUCUCACUGCGAACAUUGACAUAAUCUAUGUCCAGGUUCAUAGUUAGAAGUUGAUUUUUAAGGAUGAUUUGGCAGCACCAUUUUAAGAAGAAAUAUUUUAUCUGGAUCA